AAAUCACAAAAUAACCUUGAAUAUUUCCCAAUGUAUCAAUGUUACUCAAGAUAAAUACAUUAAACUGAGAAUUGUGUUUUCAUUCUGGAGAACCAAUCGUCACCCAAUGUGUUACAUGACGUUGAACAAGAAGGCGUUACCACAGCUUCAUCAGCAUCAGCACCAUCGAACUGUGACUGAACCGUCAGCAUUUUCCCGAGCUCCGACUCGGUUCUGCGUUGUCUUCGGGAGGAUGCCGAGGGAAGAGAUGUACCUGUUUUGACAAACUGUAUCAUUUUAAAAGAAUACUUUUUUCGGUGGCGUAGUUUCAUAUAAUCAUACCGUCAGCUUUUGCUGUCAAUAUCCAUCAAUUGGAUUUUUCUCUUAAAAAAAUAGAUUUUAUACAGUUAAAAUGUUCCCUUCGUGCUAUUCAAAGCCUACGAGUUCAAACAAUCUAUUUAAGAGGACUUCUAUAACAAAGCUAUUACUUGGAGUGUUUGUCGUGUAUAUGUUGCACACCUGCUGGGUGAUCUAUGGCUUCCUAUACAUCAAGUCUUGCGACAGAGGUAAAGGAGACUGCAUUUCUUCAUACCUUGCAAACAGACCGCAUCUUCAGCUCAGCAUUUUCUCCUGUUUAAAACCUGACGACAGUGAACUCAAUCUCAUCAUCAAGAUAGAUGACUUUGACAUACAUUCCAAAUUUGAAAGGGUGGUGAAUGUGUCCUUGCCACUGGCAACGCGUAACAACGGGACCUUGCACACAGUGGUUUUUGUACACAAGGCUGGAGUGUCUCCCUUGAAGGACAGCCAGCAGGUCCAUCAUGUUGCCCAGCUCAGCUCAUACAUGGUUCCCAAAGAUACACUGAGCUCACAUGUAGAACUCCUCAAAAAGCAAACUGUCACUAGUCCUCGAAUAGGCAGACCAGUCUCUCACUGGCGGUCCCGUCUAACCCUGAACAUGAUGUCAGAGGACUUCACCUUCAACAGAGGGACCUUGCCAAGUGAUGUCUGGCGUUACAUGCGAGUAUUUGAGGAGGAAAACAGGAUGAUUUAUCUCCCCCUUCUACACAUUGAUGAACUCAGUGUCAGGGUGAAGGACAUGAUGGAGAUUAAUGGCUCCUUAACACAACUACCUCUUACAAUAUCGUACGAAGGCCUAUCGCUGAGGCAAUUCCGUUUCUGGAUCCACAUGCAAGAUGUAACGUUUUCUCUGAAACAUUUUGGGUUCACUGAGGUGAAUAUAGAUGAAAUCAAAGGCGUUCUUGUCGACACUAACUUGUACCUGUUGGCAUUGACGGCCCUGGUGACCAUGUUCCAUUUCACAUUUGAAUUCCUGGCCUUUAAAAAUGACAUAAGCUUUUGGAGGAAGAAGAAAAGCAUGGUGGGCAUGUCUGGAAAAGCAGUGCUGUGGAGAUGCUCCAGCACAAUAGUGAUUUUCCUGAAAAUUCUCGAGGAACGAAGCAGUUUGUUAGUACUUAUCCCUGUUGGAAUAGGAGCCAUUAUUGAGCUAUGGAAGGUCAAACAGGUUUACAAGAUACAGCUUCAGUGGAGAACCUCAAGGUCUAUAUUUCAUGUUGGUAAAUUUGAUGAGUCGGAGAGAAAGACGACACAACAUGAUAGACAGGCGAUGAAAUGUCUGUCGUAUUUAGUGUAUCCAUUGUCUAUUAGUGGAGCCAUCUUCUCUCUGUUGUACCUGAGGUACAAAAGCUAUUAUUCAUUGUUAAUCAACAACCUCGUCAGUGGAAUAUAUGCUUUUGGGUUCCUAUCCAUGGCGCCGCAGCUGUUCAUUAACUACAAGUUGAAAUCUGUGGGCCACUUACAAUGGAAUGUCUUGAUGUAUAAAGCGGUCAAUACAUUUGUCAACGAUACCUUUGCCUGUAUCUUUGGCACACACCCGUGCCACCAGCUCUCCUGCUUUAGGGAUGACAUUUUGUUUCUCGUCUACCUUUACCAGAGGAGGCUCUACUCCACAAACAAGUCCAAAGGUUGUCAGUAUGGAUCAGGCCACCACAACCACAGGAAACCUAAAGCCCAGUGAUGACUGAGUUUAACACAAGCAAACCAAGUUAAAUGAGUGAAACAUUCCUGCACACACUGGCGUUGCCAACAGCAUGGGGGGCUCUCAGAGGGUGCAUUUGGGUUUAGAAUAAGCCUUUAAUAAAGUGUAUUAUAUGUUUGCAAGUCGAGAAUGUAGAGAACACACCCUGAAUUGUUCAUCAUUAUCCACUUACAUGUCAGUUAAGAUUCUUUGUAAUUACCAUGACCAACAAUGCACUAGAUACGGCCAGCCAGUGUGAACCUUACUAAAGCAUGAAGCUUCCCUUCUGGAAUUGCACAUCGUUUCCAAAUGGAGGCAUGGUUGUCAGCUUCUUGCUGUACUGUUGCCCGCUGGUUAUUUUAGUAUUCUUUUUAUUUUUGCGAAUAGUGAAUGUAUAAUGCUAAAGGGAGAAAGUGGUAAAUCAAUGACUUUUGACAGUUGAAAAUGAUUGCACUAACUGGAUAAUGAACAUACAUACACUACCGUUCAAAAGCUAAGGGUCACUUAGAAAUGUCCUUGUUUUUCAUGAAAUCAUAAAUUACAUUUCACCCCCAUGCUUCCAGAAGCACCUCCCAAAAGUUGGAUUGGAUUGAUGGGCACUUCUCACGUGUCGUAUGGUCAAGCUGCUCCCACAACAGCUCAAUAGAGUUGAGAUCCAGUGACUGUGCUGGCCAUUAUAGACAGAAUA